AUGUUCCGCUCUUCUGCUCUGCUGUCUCUGCUGCUCCUCGCCAUCGGGGGUUAUACGACCCCGGUUGUGCGUGAGCCCUCCCCCGUCAAGCUGCCGUUCGCCGUCAGGUUCAACAACGGCACCAACGGCGUGCUGAACGUCGUUGAGGCUGACCGCGCUCGUAUCAACCUCAUCAAGGAGAAGGGUGCCGCGCUCGCUGAGAAGCACGGAAACACGCACAAGCGCACGUCAUACUCCAUCAGCGUCACCAACACGGCCGUCACCUACGUCGCUAGCGUCGGCGUCGGCAGCCCUGCCACGUCUUACAGCCUGCUCAUCGACACCGGGUCCAGCAACACUUGGCUCGGUGCUGACAAGAAAUACGUCAAGACCAGCACUUCCAAGUCCACCGGCAAGUCCGUCUCCGUGAGCUACGGCUCUGGCUCCUUCUCCGGAACCGAAUACACCGACACCGUGACCCUCUCGUCUGACCUGGUCAUCACCAAGCAGUCCAUCGGCGUUGCUUCCACGGCGUCUGGCUUCUCCGGUGUCGAUGGUAUCCUCGGUAUCGGCCCUACCGACCUCACCGAGGGCACUCUUGGCAGCUCCUCGUCCACCAAAAUUCCGACCGUCACCGACAACCUGUACUCCCAGGGCACGAUAUCGACCGCCGCUGUCGGCAUCUACUACGCCCCCACCACCGUUGAGUCGACCACCAACGGCGAGCUCACCUUCGGCGGCGCCGACAGCAGCAAGUACACCGGCUCGCUUCACUACGUUUCCCUGACGAGCACCUCGCCGGCCUCGGAGUACUGGGGUAUUGAUCAAUCGAUCAAGUACGGCUCGACCUCGAUCCUCAGCUCCACCGCUGGUAUCGUCGACACCGGCACCACCCUCGUCUACCUCGCCACGGACGCGUUCGACAAGUACAAGUCCGCGACGGGCGCCAAGCUGGACAGCACGACCGGCCUGCUGCGCAUCACGACCGCGCAGUACAACGACCUCUCCGACCUCGUCUUCACCAUCGGCGGCAAGAAAUACACGCUCACGCCCAACGCGCAGAUCUGGCCGCGCUCGCUCAACUCGUACAUCGGCGGCUCGUCCUCGCACAUCUACCUCGUGGUGAACGACAUCGGCUCCAGCUCGGGCUCUGGCCUCGACUUCAUCGACGGCUACACCUUCCUCGAGCGCUUCUACACCGUGUUCGACACCACCAACAGCCGCUUCGGUAUCGCGACCACCGCGAAGACGACCGCCACCUCCAACUAG